AUGGCGGCGUCGUCGUCGCGUCCGCUGCUCCGCCGCCUCGCAGAACUGGCCAGAGGCCGCGUCCGCGACAACCACCGCAUGCUCUCAUCCGCCUCCUCGUCCACCGCCGCCAUCGAGAGGGCUUCGCAGUCGCCGGCGGAGGCCCAGGCCGUGCGCAUGACGGAGGGUUGCGUGCGGCAAUUUAACACUUUGCAGAGAUUAAAAGAAUUACAUGCUAAAGAACCAUCCGAUGAAGGUGCCACUGUGGAUUAUGAGGAGGAACUUGCUCGUUCAGCGUUUGUGGUUUCAACAAAUCCUAGUGCUGUUGGGGGCUGCAGCUGCAAGAGUUCUUUCAUGGUGAAAUAG